AUGGCAAGCAAAUCUAUUGCUGAUAUUCAGCAUCAAGGUAAAUUCUUUCUGGAACCAUCAUCGGCAGCAGCAGGGAAAUUAAACACAUCCGAUUGGCCACUUCUUCUCAAAAAUUUCGAUCGUUUGAAUAUUCGUUCGAACCAUUACACACCUAUUGCUGCUGGUUGUUCGCCGUUACAACGACCAAUCGAUGAAUAUGUUAAAUCAGGAUUUAUCAAUUUGGAUAAACCAGUGAAUCCGUCGUCUCACGAAGUCGUUGCGUGGAUAAAGCGUAUUUUUUGCAAAGCUUUGCCAGUCUCGAAGACGGGUCAUUCAGGCACAUUAGAUCCGAAAGUAUCGGGUUGUUUAAUUGUUUGUAUUGAACGUGCUACACGUCUUGUUAAAUCUCAACAAUCUGCUGGUAAAGAAUAUAUCGGUGUUGUUCGUUUUCAUUCACCCAUCGAUGAUGUGAAAAAAGUCGAACGUACACUUGAAUCUUUAACUGGUGCUGUAUUUCAAAAACCACCUGUAAUUGCCGCAGUUAAACGACAAUUACGUAUUCGUACAAUUUACGAAAGUAAAUUAUUAGAAUUCGAUCAACGACGAAAUAUUGGUAUCUUUUGGGUUAGUUGUGAGGCAGGAACGUAUAUUCGAACAUUAUGUGUUCAUAUGGGUCUCUUAAUCGGUGUCGGAGGUAUUAUGCAAGAACUUCGUCGUGUUCGAUCAGGUAUUCAAUCUGAAGCGGAAGGCAUGGUGACAAUGCAUGAUGUGAUUGAUGCAACAUAUGCUUAUAUGCAUAAUAAAGAUGAAAACUAUCUUCGUCGUGUUGUUAAACCGUUAGAAGCCUUACUCGUAUCGCAUAAACGUAUUAUUAUCAAAGACAGUGCUGUGAAUGCUGUUUGUUAUGGUGCGAAAAUCUUAUUACCAGGUAUCCUUCGAUAUGAAGAUGGCAUUGAAUUGAAUGAGCAGAUUGUGAUUGUGACAACCAAAGGUGAAGCUGUUGCUUUGGGUAUUGCUCUAAUGACAACGGCAACGAUGGCAACGUGUGAUCAUGGUAUUGCUGCGAAAAUUAAACGUGUUGUUAUGGAACGGGAUACUUAUCCGAAAAAAUGGGGUUAUGGACCAGUUGCUUCGAAAAAGAAAUUAAUGAUUAAAGAAGGUAUUCUCGGUAAAUUCGGUAAACCGACUGAACAAACACCGAAGAAUUGGCGUGAUAUGCUCUAUGAUGUUAGUGCAACUCCAGCAAGUGCAAAACGUCCACAUGAUGAAUCAGUUGCUUCGACAAGUGUCUUGGACGACUCAAAAUCGGAAAAGAAAAAGAAAGAAAAGAAACAAAAAGUCGAAGAAGAUGACGAUGAUCAAAUGCAAACAACAUCCGCUGCCGAUAUUUCAACACCAGGCGACUCGACAACAGGUGAAAAAAAGCAUAAAAAACAUAAGAAAAAAACGAAAGAAGAUUCCGAUUAG